GGCAGAAGAAGAAACGACCCGAGUUUUUGCGUCACGGAACAAGCCAGCAAGCUCUCGGUUCCGCGCUGCUUCUCCUCCCGCGAUGCAAGACCUGCGGUUUCUCCGCUGUAUUCUCUACUUCUGCACCGCGAGCAACAUUUUUUGGGUCGUUGCAAGUGUCUUGUUUUUCGGUAGUGGACCCAACAAGGAUGGAGUCAUCUUCGCCAUUAUCUAUGGCGUCGGAUGUGCCCUCAACCUAGUCAGCGACGUAACCAUGCUCUAUGCGUUGAGAAACCCGAGUCAGGCAAAGCAGAAGUUUCGACUGUUCCUCAUCUGGAACACCUUGUCUACCUGCGGCUGCUACGUCACAGACCUGUUCUUCAGUGACUUCUCGAGCAAGAACAUAAAACUUGAAAAAGACCAGUUGCGAGACAAGGACGAAAAAUCGUUUCGAGUCUGUAUCCUGUACGCUUUGUACCAGGUCUACCAGAACUACGAUCGCCUCGCGGCCUACGAAGAACAGAACCGCGCUCCGCAGCCCGGAAUAUUCUCCAAUGCGCCUCCGGUCCCGUACCGGUUCCAACCCGGAAGCCAAUCCGGGGUUCCGGUCAUGCCUACCGGGCCAGCGUUGCUCGCGGCUCCCGCGUCGGGUUACCCAAAAAUGACUCCGGUCCCGGCGGGCUUUCCCAGUACCAGGCCUGCUUGGUCAGGGAUGCCGCGAUCAUCAGGACAGCCGCACCGUGUAGCUGUUCAGCAACCUCACCUGCCAGAACAGCAGCAACCAGCUCCUUCCACGCAGCCCCAGUUUUUUGCUUCCAGUGGAAUAGUGCACGUGCCUUGCUGCUCCGCAACCCAGCCCCAACUGACGGUGGACCAACCAGCGAUGGGCCAGGGCGCGAUUGCCGAAGCGACAGCGACGGAAGCCGAGGACACCGAAUGUCCUCCGGAUAAAACGGGAACGCCGGAAACGCCGUCAUCUGGUCCAUGCACUCCUAACCAAGCGAAUUCAAAACAAGAUGCGCAAGUCGAGACAAAGCCGGCCACAGCGGCGCCUUCUGAUGAUAAGGUACCCCAUGUUGCGGGCUCGCGGCCGUCGCCGUCUGCCCAAGCAGCGCGGACUCUAUCAACGAUCAACGGAAAUACGCGGACUCAAAACAUUGCAAAGGCUGCAUCCACCGGUUCCUUGCAUGUCUCGGGUGCCGCGUCUCAAGAGACGGUGCCGGGUGAUAAACCUCGCCGAAAUUCUUCACGGCGAAGCAUGGCGACCCGAUCAGUGCCGAAAUUCUUAAUAGCGAAGCACGGCGGCCGGAUCUGCGCCGAAAUCUGACCAGUGGCGGCCAGAUUUUGCAGAUGCCUAGCGACCAUCGGGCCGAGCUGCCGUACGUAAACGCCGGCUGAAUGCCACGAAGUGACAUCUGCGACGGCGGGAAAACUGAAAUACCGCAAGGUGCGGUGCCCUUGGCACCCGUCGGCGAGUUACUACUUUUUAUUUGGCACACAGUAAAUUAUCUGUAUAUCUGA